AUUUCUUCUUGCGUGACAUUUUGGGAUUCCUCAUUCCUCGCAAGCACUGAGAAAAAUGGUUCAGCCAAGAUGGAAGGAAGCUCUCGUCGCGGUAGUGAUGAUGUCAACGACUUUCUAUUCUGAAGUGGUUGUGUGCAAGGAGAUAGAGUCUCCGCAGUUCACGGUGCUGCACUCCGAGUCGGACUUCGAGGUUCGAUUUUACAGGGAGUCGGUUUGGAUGACUGCACACACUGAUGAAAUUUCUUUCGAUAAAGCCACCCGAGAUGGCUUUCACAGAUUGUUCCAGUACAUUGAAGGUGCAAAUCUGAAUUAUUCUCGUAUCUCAAUGACGGUACCAGUCUUGACAAGCAUUGUCCCUGGAGCUGGACCUCUUCACUCAUCAGCAUACUUUGUCAAAUUAUACUUGCCAGAGGAGUUCCAAGUUGAGCCACCAUCUCCGCUUCCUGAACUGAACCUGCGACCUGAUUCUUGGACCAGUCAUUGCAUUGCAGUUAGGAAGUUCUCUGGAUUUGCAAGGGAUCGCAACAUUGUGAAAGAAGCUGAGAAACUGGCUCUCAGCUUGAGCAGGUCUCCAUGGGCAAAUUCCACUUCUGCAAGUGAAUAUGCUUACUCAAUUGCACAGUACAAUUCUCCUUUUAAAAUCAUUGGUCGGGUCAAUGAAGUUUGGGUGGAUGUUGGCGGGUCUGAAGCCAAUGGUUGCAAGCCCGGGCUGGUGGCUGCAUACUAAGGAGGGUGGCAAGCCAGCGGGCUGCAGGCGAGUGUGAAUGCUUUGUCUGUUGUGGCUUUACUGUAAAUAAUUGUGUAAUAUUGUUGAACCAUUGUGUAAGAUGAACUUAUAACACAUCAGGUCAUUAAUGUGCAUAGUGUUGGAAUUUUUAUUGAAA